GGAAUUCUCUGUGUACAGAUUUUCCCUUUGACGGGGAAACUACUUCAAAAAUCAUUUCUCCGUUCUCGAAAUUAAUUGAAUUAUCUUUAUGAAAACUUAAGAUAUUUAAACCAAAUAAAUAUAUUAAAUAAAAUUAGUUUUAAUUUUCUUAGUGCUUUAAAUUCGCUGCAUUUGAUGUAAAUAUUGAACAGAUUACAUAAGAGUGCAAAAGUUUAUGUAUCGGAGCUUAAUACACAGACCUUUCAAAUAAAAAUCAACUGUGGUUUAAUUUAAGGAUAAAAAUUAAGUUCAAUUAAACAUGGUUUGUAACUGCCAAAACAAAAGGGAUUUAUAAUCAAUUCGUGAACGGCAUGAUAAUAUAAUAAUGAUAAACUAAACAUUCACUACAUCCUUACUUAAUUUGCAUACAAUAAAAAGGAUUUAAAAAAACAUGAGAUGAUUUUUAAAAUCCUAGUAUGACCGUUUAAUACCUAAAAUACACCAUUUGUUGAGUUCCCAAUAAAAUGUCUAUUAAAAGUACACAAAAUAAAUCUGAUGAAAUGGAUGUCGGUACACAUAAAGAGAAGGAAAGCGCAGAUCCUUGCGAUAACACGCUGAACGAACAAUGCAAUGAAAAAUCUAACAUCGAUGCAAACUUAUACUUAUACGAUGAUGAGUUAGAAACCAGACCACAUGUAUCCACAUUUAUUUCGUCACUUGCCAAUUAUGAAAACACCAUACCAUCAGCAACGGACCAGGAUUCUAAAACUGCUGCACCUUCAGCUCGCAUGGGUACUUUGAUUGGAGUCUUCUUGCCAUGCAUUCAGAACAUUUUCGGUGUUAUCUUGUUUAUUCGACUUACAUGGGUUGUGGGAACCGCUGGAGCAGUAUGUGGAUUUCUUAUAGUAUUAACCUGUUGUUGUGUGACAAUGUUAACAGCAAUUUCCAUGUCAGCAAUUGCAACAAAUGGUGUGGUUCCGGCUGGUGGGAGCUAUUUCAUGAUUUCAAGAUCUUUGGGUCCUGAGUUCGGUGGCGCAGUAGGAAUGCUAUUUUAUACAGGAACGACUUUAGCAGCGGCUAUGUAUAUUGUAGGUGCUGUAGAGAUUGUGCUGACUUAUAUGGCGCCGUGGGCCUCAAUAUUUGGAGAUUUCACAAAAGACCCUGAUGCAAUGUAUAACAAUUUUAGAGUUUACGGAACUUUACUAUUGCUGAUAAUGGGUUUGAUUGUAUUUUUGGGUGUCAAGUUUGUCAACAAAUUCGCAGCUGUCGCUUUGGCAUGUGUAAUAUUCUCAAUAAUAGCGGUUUAUAUCGGAAUAUUUGAUAAUAUAAAUGGAAAUGAGAAGCUAUAUAUGUGUGUCCUUGGCAAGCGGCUGCUAAAAGAUAUUCCCAUAGAUAACUGUACGAAAAGUGAUUCCCUCUUGUCGGAUAUAUUUUGUGAUGAAAACGGUUGCGACGAAUAUUACACAAAUAAUAAUGUUUCGAAAGUUAAGGGUAUUAAGGGUCUCGCCAGUGGAGUAUUUUAUGAAAAUGUCUUACCAUCAUUUUUGGAAAAAGGCCAACUCAUUGCUUAUGGAAAAAAUACUGUUGAUAUUGAAAAUAUGGCGCCAUCUACAUAUAAUCAGAUCAUUGCUGAUAUAACGACUUCUUUUACGUUACUUAUAGGAAUUUUUUUCCCUUCAGUAACAGGAAUAAUGGCAGGAUCUAAUAGAUCAGGUGAUUUAGCUGAUGCUCAAAAAAGUAUCCCUAUUGGAACAAUUUGCGCUAUUUUGACAACGAGUACUGUAUAUUUAUCUAGUGUCAUAUUAUUUGCUGGAACUGUUGAUAAUCUUCUUUUGAGAGACAAAUUUGGACAAUCUAUUGGUGGUAAGUUGGUCGUUGCCAACAUAGCGUGGCCAAACCAAUGGGUAAUACUAAUCGGAUCAUUUUUAUCAACACUUGGCGCGGGCCUACAAAGUUUAACUGGCGCUCCCCGUUUGCUUCAAGCCAUUGCGAAGGAUGAAAUAAUUCCAUUCUUGUCGCCGUUUGCGGUAUCUUCGAAACGCGGAGAGCCUACAAGGGCCUUACUUUUGACAAUUGUUAUUUGCCAGUGCGGGAUACUGUUAGGAAAUGUGGAUCUACUGGCACCUUUAUUGUCUAUGUUUUUCCUUAUGUGUUAUGGAUUUGUGAACCUGGCAUGUGCUGUACAAACAUUAUUACGUACACCCAACUGGAGACCCCGAUUUAAGUUCUAUCAUUGGGGGUUGUCUUUAGUUGGUUUAACUUUAUGUAUUUCAAUUAUGUUUAUGACAUCUUGGUACUUCGCUCUGGUUGCUAUGGGAAUGGCAAUAGUUAUAUAUAAAUAUAUUGAAUAUCGCGGAGCUGAAAAGGAAUGGGGAGAUGGGAUUAGAGGAAUGGCCUUAACAGCUGCUAGAUAUUCGCUUUUACGAUUGGAAGAAGGUCCACCGCAUACCAAAAACUGGCGUCCACAAAUUUUAGUGCUCUCGAAGUUCAAUGAAAAUUCUAUGCCAAAAUAUAGGAAAAUAUUUUCGUUUGCUACUCAACUGAAAGCAGGAAAGGGAUUAACAAUAUGUGUAUCAGUUAUUCAAGGGGAUCAUCACAAGAUCACCAAUAGAGCCGUUGAUGCUAAAGCAGCUUUGAGGAAAUUAAUGGACGAUGAAAAAGUGAAGGGAUUCUGCGAUGUAUUGGUAUCUAGUGAUAUAGCUGAAGGAUUAAGUUCAGUAAUUCAAACUAUUGGUCUCGGGGGCAUGAAACCAAACACUGUUAUUAUUGGAUGGCCUUAUAGUUGGAAAAAAGAUGGGAGCGAAAGCUGGAAAACAUUCAUACAAACUGUUCGAACAGUAGCUGCUUGUCAUAUGGCUCUUUUAGUUCCAAAAGGAAUCAAUUUUUACCCAGAAUCUAACCACAAAAUCGGAGGCAAUAUUGACAUUUGGUGGAUAGUGCAUGAUGGUGGCCUGCUUAUGUUAUUGCCUUUCCUAUUGAAACAACAUCGUACCUGGAGAAACUGCAAAUUAAGGAUUUUCACGGUGGCUCAAAUGGAAGACAAUUCAAUCCAGAUGAAAAAAGACUUAAAAACUUUUCUAUAUCACUUGCGUAUAGAGGCCGAUGUCGAGGUGGUGGAGAUGAUGAAUAGCGAUAUAUCCGAGUACACAUAUGAGAGGACAUUGAUGAUGGAACAGCGAAAUGAGAUGUUGAGAGAACUUCGUUUAAAUAAGAAAGAAAACUCUAAAAUAGUACAGACUCUAGUGGAUUUUAAGGAAACCACCGGGGAUGAUAAGUUACCUUUGGUGCAGACUAUUGUUGAUCAUCAUCACGAUGUAACGAAAACUUCUUCCAAAGUUCGAUUUGCAGAUCCAACAGUUAACAUAGAAGAAAAACAUGAAAACGAGGCCGAUGGUGAUGAAAAGGUUAAAACAAGAGAAGCUGAAGUCGACACGCUAGAAACAAAGAUGGAGAAUGGAUCAACACUGAAUAUGGUAGAAAAAGGGCAAAGUGAAGACGAAAAACCGGAGAAGCAUAUUAUGGGAGGAACCAACAGACCUGACGAAGUUAAUGUUCGCCGAAUGCAUACAGCAAUCAAGCUGAACGAAGUUAUUGUAAAUAAAUCACAAGAUGCCCAACUUGUUAUUAUGAAUUUGCCUGGACCACCACGAGAAUCUAAAAUCGAUCGCGAAACCAAUUGUAUCCUUUUUGAAUCAUAUAUGGAAUUUUUAGAAGUGCUCACCGAAGGUCUAGAAAAGGUGCUAAUGGUUCGGGGAGGAGGCCGUGAAGUUAUAACAAUUUAUUCUUAAGGGAAGCGUAUUUUAAUUCUUGUAAUACUUUGGUAAAUCAGGCAACUACCAAUAUCAAUCAAUUCGUAAUUAUUUUAAGCAUGUAAAUCAAAAUUUAUAUUUUGUAUUUAAAUACAAAAAUGAAAUAAAUUCUUUGUUAUAACAAAUUCCGUUUUAACCGAA